UCCCCAAAAAAUAAUACCCAGGAAAAUGCAUUUCUUACUCUCUCUCUGCAACAAUUAGGGUUUUAAACCUUUAAUCCAAUCCAAAAACUCACAUUUAUUAUCUUACUGCGAUUUUUCCACCUCGCGCGAUAUGGUAUUGUCCCUUUCCAUUUCCCAUUAGCUUCUUCUCCUCACGCCCGCUCAUGAGCCACCAUCGCAACAACCACGCUGCGCUCACUGUUUCAACCGGCGAUGCGAAUCCCGAUGACUGUCACCAACCGGUCGAUGCUCCCCUUUCCGCAGCAGAACAGAUUAGGGUUAGGGUUUCAUCGGAGGACAACGCGGCACCCGCAUCCUCCACCGCCGAUCGCUUCGACCGCAUCAACAACCACGCCGCGUCGAGCAGAACGUCUGAAUUAGCAAGAUUCUCGAACUCCGAGGUGAAAUCGCUGCUAUCGGAGUUUGACGAUUACGUGGCAGCUGGCGGAGCGUCGAGGAACGUAGGGCACGGUUUUGAAAUCGGUGACAUGGUGUGGGGGAAGGUGAAAUCGCACCCGUGGUGGCCGGGGCACAUAUACAACGAAGCUUUUGCUUCUUCCGCAGUACGAAGAACCAAGAGGGAGGGCCACGUGUUGGUGGCAUUCUUCGGUGACAGCAGCUACGGGUGGUUUGAGCCGUCGGAGCUCAUCCCGUUUGACGCGAAUUUCGCAGAGAAAUCGCGGCAGAUAAGUUCUAGAAACUUCCUGAAGGCCGUGGAAGAGGCCGUAGAUGAGGCCAGUAGAAGAUGCGGCCUUGGAUUGGUUUGUAGGUGUAGGGGCCCUGGGAAUUUUUGCCCCACCGAUGUGGAAGGGUAUUAUUCUGUUCAGGUGCCGGAUUAUGAGCCUGGAGUGUAUUCUGAUGCUCAGAUCAGAAAGGCCAGAAGUGAAUUUGGAGCUGCGGAAAUGCUUUCUUUUCUGAAGCAAUUGGCAUUGAAUCCACAUGGUGGUGAUCAGAGAAGCAUUGGUUUCACUAAGAAUAGGUCCACUGCGUUUGCUUUUCGACGGGCAGUGUUUGAGCAGUAUGAUGAAACUUAUGCGCAGGCUUUCGGUGUGCAGCCGAGGCGCCCUUCGGAUUCUGCCGGUAAUCACCUUGAUCGGCCUGUGAGGCUUCCUGCUAAAGCUCCUUUGAGUGGUCCAAUGGUGAUAGCAGAAACUUUGGGUGGUGAGAAGAGUGCAACAAAAUCUGUAAAAGCUAAGGGCAAUUUCAAGACGGACAAGUAUCUUUUUAUGCGGCGAGAUGAGCCCAGUAACACCUCCCAGUUACCGUCCAGGGAGACAUCUGAUGCAGCUGGGAGUUAUGUGCUUCAGAAGAGGCCUUUAGCAGUGUCAGCAGCCCCCGAGGCUUUGGAGAAGCAUGAAGACACAGGGUUUAUGAGCCAAGGCAUUGCAGCUUCAACUGUAAAAGGCGAAAUAGCUGUUGCAGACCAGGUUCAAUCAGAUGGCAUUGGUCAUGCAUCCCAAGAAAUGACUAGGAGUGUUGAACCAGUGGAAGUUGCCAGUAAAAGCAUGGGUAGGCCUGGGGAGAUGGCAUUGCCGAACAUAGUUAAUGAGACAUCUCAGUCUACCAAUAUGGAGAGCAAAACUUCUAUUGAUGUAAAAAAUGAUGGAGAUUUAACACCAUCAGUACCACAUGAAGAUUUUCAGCAAAUAGAGCAGGGAUUCCUGGCUACAUCUGGUGAAGUUAAGCAUCACAAACUUAAUGUUGAUGGUGUGCCAAAGAAGAUAAAAGUUCAUAAGCGGCCUGCAAAUGACUUGAAGUCCAAAACUUCUGGUAUUGAGGGGAAAAGGAAAAAAAAAAUGAAAAAUGAUUUAAAUUUACAACCUAUCUCAGGCCAUCUGGAAAAGAUUUCUACUUCUGAAAAAGCUGUACAGCUAUCAGGGCAAUCUGAAAAACCUGUCUCAAUUGGAUUGGCUUCUAGAGAGGAUUUACGUUCAGAACCAAUGCAGGUGGAUGCUUCUACCAGUAAUCUGAUGCCCAUGGAUUCCAUUGCCGAAGUUAAUAUUGAGUUGCCCCAUCUUUUGGGUGAUUUGCAAGCUCUUGCUUUGGAUCCUUUUCAUGGUGUUAAAAGAGGGAUCCCUGCAGUUACUAGGCAGUUCUUUUUGCGGUUCAGGUCUCUUGUUUAUCAGAAAAGCUUGCCUGUAUCCCCACCCAUGGUAACAGAGAAUGAAGCUGUUGAAGAUCGAAGACCUCCAUCCAGUAUUGGGACAUCAGACAGUCCUGAUGAUCGUGCUAGAGCUUCACCACUUAUAAAGCCUGUAAAACACAUUGUUCGGCCUGACGAUCCAACCAAAGCUGGGCGGAAAAGGGCCCUCUCUGAUCGUCAAGAAGAAAUUUCUGAAAAAAGAUUGAAGAAAAUCAAGAAUAUAAAGGCACUGGCUGCAGAGAAGAAGGCAGGCAGCCAGAAAACUUCUGAAGCUCGUCAAGGAGAUGGAAAAGAAUCCAUGGCCCAGGCUCCACCCAAGGUAGUGAAACCAGAAUUGACCAGGAAAGUGGAGCGUCCAGCCAAGGCGGUUGAACCCACCAUACUGGUGAUCAAGUUUCCCCCAGAAACAUCACUACCAUCUGUUGCAGAGCUGAAAGCAAGGUUUGCUCGUUUUGGGCCAAUAGAUCAAUCAGGUCUCCGGGUGUUUUGGAAGACCUCAACAUGUCGAGUUGUUUUCUUGCAUAAGGUUGAUGCACAAUCUGCCUAUAAAUAUGCUCUAGCAAACCAAUCCUUAUUUGGCAACGUGGGUAUGAAGUGCUUCCUCCGUGAAUUUGGUGAUGCUUCAUCUGAAGUCUCUGAAGCUGCAAAGGCUAGGGGAGACAAUGGUGCCAAUGAAUCACCUCGGGUCAAGGAUCCUGCAGUGGUUCAGCGCCAGUCAUCAGUAUCAGCCCAGCAACCUCUUCCUCAGCCAAUGAUCCAACUCAAAUCUAUACUGAAGAAAUCUACCGGGGAUGAGCUAGGCCAAGGAACCGGUAAUGGAGGUAGUAGUAAGGGGACUCCGCGUGUAAAAUUCAUGUUAGGUGGGGAAGAAAGUAGUAGGGGAGAGCAAUUAAUGGUGGGUAAUAGGAACAGCUUCAACAGUGUUAGUUUUGCUGAUGGUGGUGCACCUUCUUCUGUUGCUAUGGAUUUUAAUACUCCCCCUCCUACUCAGUUUAAAAAAAUCCCACAACAAAAUUUGCAUAAUUCCGAAAUGGCACCCAGAAAUACACCCAAUUUUAUAAACGCGACCGCAUCAGCUACUGCACCCACCGUUGAUAUAUCACAGCAGAUGAUAAGCCUUCUGACAAGGUGCAACGAUAUUGUGAAUAACCUGACGAGUUUAUUAGGUUACGUGCCCUAUCAUCCACUUUGAUAAAUAUGGCACCGUACUCAACUGUAGACCGAAUCCAAUACAAGAAAAAAUGCGGGCUAGUUGGAUUGUGAAUGACUUGCUCGAGGAAAUGCAUGAACCUAGAAAUAUAAUCCUUCAAUAGCCGUUUAUUUUGAGAUUUUUGUAUCUUCACAAUGUAAAUGUACUACCAUAUUGAUAGUGGCGUCUCAUUUAGCUGCCUUUUCAUUUGUUUUCUUGUUCAUCUACUUGAAUUGAAUCAUUUGCGAGGGUGGGGGAGAUUUUUUUGGUUACCGGAUGAGGUUGCUUGUUCAUUUUUGAAGCCCACCCACUUACAUUCCAUGUACUUCGUACUCUUAUUGUCCUGGAAAGUGUAUGCCAAUGCAUGACUACCUUUGAUUGGCCUUUUAUA